GGCGAAACCGAAGUCGAUCUGCUGGUGCCGGUCGAGAGCGCUCUCAACAGCGAUCCACGGGUAUUUCGUGCCAAAGGCAUCGACAGUCUACCGGCGAUAGGAAUUCAGGCAAGUGCAGCUCAUUUCGUGAACAUGGGGAAAACUCGAGGCGUCGAGAUUGCAGUACCGUACCGACUGUAUCUACCACGACGAUUUUUCCCACAGUUCUCCUUGUUGGCCUCAGUGAAGCCGAUGGAUCGACGUGGCGGUUAUCUCUUUGCUAUUGUCAACCCGUAUGACACUCUCGUAGACGUCGGUGUACUGUUGGAACCAGCAGGAUCCGGCCAGACGAACAUCUCUCUGAUCUAUUCGUCCCGCCGCGACGCGACGUCACGCGCAAUUGCUUCGUUUCUCGUGCCCGAGUUCGUGCAGCAGUGGACGCAGAUCGCAUUCGAAGUCACAAAGGACUCAGUCACUCUUUAUUUCAAGUGUAUUCGAUUUGCUGAAAGAGAAAUUAGUGAUCUUCCUCAAUUGACCAUGGAAGACGCCCACAAGCUUUAUAUUGGAAGUGCUGGACCGAUUCUUGGAUCCGGAUUUGAGUGGCUCGAUGAAAGGCAGGAAGAAAGGCCGACUGGAACGCUGUUGUGGGAAAUUCGGAGCAGUUUCAUCGCCGAAGGAUUCAUGGACAUGAAGGAUAUUGAACGCGGAAAUUGGAGAACAGAGUUCGACGGGAAGUUC